AUGGGGAGUAUGGUCCAUACGGAAAUCGAGAGAGAAAAUGGCGAUGGUGAGGUCGUUGUACCGCUCGAUCUGCUUCAGAUAUCUCUGUUCUUCUUCUGCCGCCGUCAACCACCAUCAACACCUCCCAUAGGGCCUCUACUAUUUCCAUCUCUCUCUCUCCUCCUCCUCUCCCCUUUCCAUUUUCUCCCAAAACCAUCCAUUCCGGACUUAACGGCUGCAAGUUGGGAUGAGCUUCCAGAUACACUCAUCAGUGAUGCAAAAAAGGCGUUGUCUAAAAAUACAGACGACAAGGCUGCCCAAGAAGCUGUGGCAAAUGUUUUCCGUGCAGCUGAGGCAGUCGAGGAGUUCAGUGGGAUGCUUGUGUCUUUGAGGAUGGCAACAGAUGACAGCACUGGAUUGGGUGGCGAGAAUGUAAAACCCUUGCCGGAGGAAUUUGUGAACACAUUGCGUACAGUCUAUCAAAGAUAUACUCCAUAUUUGGAUGCUUUUGGGCCAGAGGAGACCUAUUUGUGUAAGAAAGUUGAGACUGAGCUUGGAACGAAAAUGAUACACUUAAAGAUGAGGUGCAGUGGUAUUGGUUCUGAGUGGGGAAAGGUUACAGUUCUGGGGACUUCUGGACUUUCAGGUUCCUAUGUUGAGCAUAGAGCUUAGUUUCUUGGAGAUGGUUAAAAGCAUCAUGUCUUCAUGUUGUCUUUUCUCUUGGGGAACUUCAUUCAUGUUUGUUCCUCUUUCAGGCAUUUUACUGGUGCUGUCAUUACUUUUUAAAUAAACCCUGUUUGAUCUCAUGUGCUUUGCUUCUUUUCUUUUCUUUAUUUUUUUGAAUGAAGUUUGGUGAAACUAAUAAUUACAACUUAAUGUUGCACAUAACAUCAGAAAGCUCGUGGUAGGAAAUUGGUUUCCUUGGGGUUAGAAAUGUUUGUUUGCCAUUAGUUUGUCCUGUCAUUUUGAGCCAUUGUUGAGUAUUUGUAUUUCAUUGUUUUUGAUUACCUUAUGUAGGAAGAUUAUAGCAUCAUCUAGUAUUAAAUAAAUACCUUGGCUGGGAUAUUAUAUUAUGUUGAUGAAGGGUGGUGCAAUUAAGGAAAAUUGUACGCAAACAAGAAAAUUUUAUACUACAAAAGGCCUAUCCAGAAUGACAAGGCUCGAUUUGUAAUAAUAAUAAUAAUAAUUAUAAAAAAAAAAGAAAAAAGAAAAUAAAGAGGUAAUGCAAAUGGUGAUAUGUUUUUUGUUUUUGCUUUUUUUUUAUCAGGGUGCAAAGUUUUAAGGGAAACUUGCAUUUCAAUGGAGUGGAGCAGUGUCAAAAAAAUUAUAUUUUUAUGAUGGUGUAACUCUUCUAUCUGCAUGGUGUAAAUUUAUUCUUGUGCUUUGCAAUGUGUCAGAGUUGCAUCAAAAAAAAAAAA